UCCCGGGUCCUCUGGCCAGCUGGAGUCCAGCGUCGGGCUAGCGGCGCGAGGUGGAGUGUCGGGCUGCCCAUGGCCAGUCAUCGUCACCUCCCCGGCCGGACGCCCCUCCCCGUGCCCUUCACUGCGCCCUGCCCUCCCGCGCUGCCGCUGGGGUCCGUCUCGGCUUCCCCGCUGUCCUCCCGGGGUGCAGCUCCCCCGACGCCGUACGUCUGAGCCGGGUAACUCGUUGCACUUUGGAGUUCUUUUAAUCUUACGGAAAGAUUUCAAAUCCACCAGAAGCCAAAAUGGAGCACAGUAAACAGAUUCGUAUAUUACUACUGAACGAAAUGGAAAAGCUGGAGAAGACCCUUUUCAGACUUGAGCAAGGGUUUGAACUACAGUUCCGAUUAGGCCCAACUUUACAGGGAAAAGCUGUCACUGUCUUCACAAAUUAUCCAUUUCCUGGAGAAGCAUUUAAUCGGGAAAAAUUCCGUUCCUUGGACUGGGAAAAUCCAUCAGAAAGAGAAGAUGAUUCUGAUAAAUACUGUAAACUUCAUCUGCAGCUGUCUGGAUCAUUUCAGUAUUACUUCCUUCAGGGAAAUGAGAAAAGUGGUGGAGGUUACAUAGUUGUGGAUCCUGUUUUACGUGUUGGAGCUGAUAAUCAUGUGUUACCCUUGGACUGCGUAACUCUCCAGACAUUUUUAGCUAAGUGUUUAGGACCCUUUGAUGAAUGGGAGAGCAGACUUAGGGUGGCAAAGGAAUCAGGUUACAACAUGAUUCACUUCACCCCGCUGCAGACUCUUGGAUUAUCCCGAUCCUGCUACUCCCUUGCUGACCAGUUAGAACUAAAUCCAGACUUUUCAAGGCCUAAUAAAAAAUACACCUGGUAUGAUGUUGGGGAGCUAGUAGAAAAACUAAAGAAAGAAUGGAAUAUUAUCUGCAUUACAGAUGUUGUCUACAAUCAUACUGCUGCUAAUAGUGAAUGGAUCCACGAGCACCCAGAAUCUGCAUAUAAUCUGGUGAAUUCUCCACACUUGAAGCCUGCCUGGGUCUUAGAUAGAGCACUUUGGCAUUUCUCCUGUGAUGUAGCAGAAGGGAAGUACAGAGACAAAGGAGUUCCUGCUUUGAUUGAGAAUGAUCAGCACAUGAAUUGCAUUCGGAAAAUCAUUUGGGAAGAUAUUUAUCCAAGGAUUCACCUCUGGGAAUUUUUCCAAGUAGAUGUUUCCAAAGCAGUUGAGCAAUUUAGAAGACUUCUCACUCAAGAAAACAGGAGAAUAACUAAGUCUGAUUCAAAGGAACAUCUUAAGAUAAUUCAGGAUCCUGAAUACAGACGGCUCGGCUGUACCGUAGAUAUGAACAUUGCACUGGCAACUUUCGUACCACAUGACAACGGGCCAGCUGCAGUUGAGGAAUGCUGUAAUUGGUUCCGUAAGAGAAUCGAGGAAUUAAACUCAGAGAAGCAUCAUCUCAUCAACUGUCAUCAGGAACAGGCAGUCAAUUGCCUUUUGGGAAAUGUAUUUUAUGAACGACUGGCUGGCGAUGGUCCUAAACUAGGACCUGUCACUAGAAAAUAUCCUUUAGUUACCAGGUAUUUUACUUUCCCCUUUGAAGAAAUGUCCUUAUCCACAGAAGAAUCUAUGAUUCACAUCCCAAAUAAAGCUUGUUUUCUGAUGGCACAUAAUGGAUGGGUGAUGGGUGAUGAUCCCCUUCGAAACUUUGCUGAACCAGGUUCGGAUGUUUAUUUAAGGAGAGAACUUAUCUGCUGGGGUGACAGUGUUAAGUUGCGCUAUGGGAAUAAACCAGAAGACUGUCCUUAUCUCUGGUCCCACAUGAAAAAAUACACUGAGAUAACUGCAGCUCAUUUCCAAGGAGUGCGUCUUGACAACUGCCACUCCACGCCUCUUCACGUGGCUGAGUACAUGUUGGAUGCUGCUAGGAAACUACAGCCCAAUUUAUAUGUAGUAGCCGAACUGUUCACGGGAAGCGAAGAGCUGGACAAUAUCUUUGUUACUAGACUGGGCAUUAGUUCCUUAAUAAGAGAGGCUAUGAGUGCAUAUAACAGCCAUGAGGAGGGUAGGUUGGUUUACCGAUACGGAGGAGAACCCGUUGGAUCCUUCGUUCAGCCCUGCUUGAGGCCCUUGAUGCCAGCUAUCGCACAUGCCCUCUUCAUGGACAUUACCCACGAUAAUGAGUGUCCAAUUGUGCAUAGGUCAGCCUAUGAUGCUCUUCCAAGUACCACCAUUGUUUCUAUGGCAUGCUGUGCUAGUGGAAGUACCCGAGGUUAUGAUGAAUUAGUGCCUCAUCAGAUUUCAGUGGUUGCUGAAGAACGAUUUUAUACUAAGUGGAAUCCUGGAGCGUCACCAUCAGAUACAGGUGAUGUUAAUUUCCACAGUGGAAUUAUUGCAGCCAGAUGUGCCAUCAAUAGACUUCAUCAAGAGCUUGGAGCCAAGGGUUUCAUUCAGGUGUACGUGGAUCAGGUGGACAAGGACAUAGUGGCAGUGACCAGACACUCACCUAGUAUCCAUCAGUCUGUGGUGGCUGUAUCUAGAACAGCUUUCAGGAACCCCAAAACUUCAUUUUACAGCAAAGAAGUGCCUCAGAUGUGCAUCCCUGGCAAAAUUGAAGAAGUAGUUCUUGAGGCUAGAACAGUUGAGAGAAACACAAAACCAUACAGGAAGGAUGAGAACACCAUCAAUGGAAUGCCAGAUAUCACAGUAGACAUUAGAGAGCACAUCCAGCUUCAUGAAAGUAAAAUUGUCAAACAGGCUGGAGUUGCCACAAAAGGUCCCAAUGAAUAUAUUCAGGAAAUAGAGUUUGAAAAUUUAUCUCCAGGAAGUGUUAUCAUAUUCAGAGUUAGUCUUGAUCCACAUGCACAAGUGGCUGUUGGUAUUCUUCGAAAUCACCUGACACAGUUCAGUCCUCACUUUAAAUCUGGGAGCCUUGCUGUUGACAACUCAGAUCCUAUAUUGAAAAUCCCCUUUGCUUCCAUUGCCGCUAAAUUAACUUUGGCUGAACUAAAUCAGAUACUUUACCGAUGUGAAUCAGAAGAACAAGAAGAUGGUGGAGGUUGCUAUGACAUACCAAACUGGUCAUCCCUUAAGUAUGCAGGUCUUCAAGGAUUAAUGUCCGUAUUGGCAGAAAUAAGGCCAAAGAAUGAUUUGGGGCAUCCUUUCUGUGAAAAUCUGAGGUCCGGAGAUUGGAUGAUUGACUAUGUCAGUGGCCGGCUUAUUUCACGAUCAGGAAAUAUUGCUGAAGUUGGUAAAUGGUUGCAGGCUAUGUUCUUCUACCUGAAGCAGAUCCCACGGUACCUGAUCCCCUGCUACUUUGAUGCUAUAUUAAUUGGUGCCUAUACCACUCUGCUGGAUGUAGCAUGGAAGCAGAUGUCAAGCUUUGUUCGGAAUGGUUCAACCUUUGUGAAGCACCUCUCUCUGGGUUCUGUCCAGAUGUGUGGAAUAGGAAGAUGCCCUUGUCUGCCUCUCCUCUCCCCUGUACUUCUGAAUGUGCCAUACAGGCUAAAUGAGAUUACAAAGGAGAAAGAGCAGUGCUGUGCAUCCAUAGCUGCAGGCUUACCACACUUUUCUUCUGGUCUUUUCCGCUGCUGGGGAAGGGAUACUUUUAUUGCACUUAGAGGGAUGCUGCUGGUUACUGGACGCUACUUAGAAGCCAGGAAUAUUAUUUUAGCAUUCGCUAGUACCCUGAGGCAUGGUCUCAUUCCUAAUCUCCUUGGUGAAGGAACGUAUGCCAGAUACAAUUGCCGGGAUGCUGUGUGGUGGUGGCUGCAGUGUAUUCAGGAUUACUGUAAGAUGGUUCCAAACGGUCUAGACAUCCUCAAGUGCCCAGUUUCCAGAAUGUAUCCAACAGAUGAUUCGGCUCCUUUGCCUGCUGGCACACUGGAUCAGCCUUUGUUUGACAUAAUACAGGAAGCUAUGCAAAGACACAUGCAGAGCAUUCAGUUCCGAGAGAGAAAUGCUGGUCCACAGAUAGACCGAAACAUGAAGGAUGAGGGUUUUAAUAUAACUGCAGGGGUUGAUGAAGAAACAGGAUUUGUUUAUGGGGGGAAUCGCUUCAAUUGUGGCACAUGGAUGGAUAAAAUGGGAGAAAGUGAUCGAGCUAGAAACAGAGGAAUCCCAGCCACUCCAAGAGAUGGAUCUGCUGUGGAAAUUGUAGGCUUAUGUAAAUCUACUGUUCGUUGGUUGCUGGAAUUAUCCAAGAAAAAUAUUUUUCCUUAUCAUGAAGUAAGAGUAAAAAGACAUGGGAAGGUUGUACCAAUCUCAUACGAUGAGUGGAACAGAAGAAUACAAAACAACUUUGAAAGGCUGUUUCAUGUUUCUGAAGACCCUUCAGACCCUAAUGAGAAGCAUCCGAAUCUAGUUCACAAGCGUGGCAUAUACAAAGACACCUAUGGAGCGUCAAGUCCUUGGUGUGACUAUCAACUCAGGCCUAAUUUUACCAUAGCAAUGGUUGUGGCCCCUGAGCUCUUUACUGCUGAAAAAGCAUGGAAAGCUUUGGAAAUUGCAGAAAAAAAAUUGCUCGGUCCCCUCGGCAUGAAAACUUUAGAUCCAGAUGAUAUGGUUUACUGCGGAGUUUAUGACAAUGCCUUGGACAAUGACAACUACAAUCUUGCUAAAGGUUUCAAUUAUCACCAAGGACCCGAGUGGUUAUGGCCUAUUGGGUAUUUUCUUCGUGCAAAGUUAUAUUUUUCCAAAUUGAUGGGCCCAGAGAUUGCUGCAAAGACUAUAUUUUUGGUUAAAAAUGUCCUUUCCCGACAUUAUGUUCAUCUUGAGAGAUCCCCGUGGAAGGGACUUCCAGAACUGACAAAUGAGAAUGGCCAGUACUGUCCUUUCAGCUGUGAGACACAAGCAUGGUCAAUAGCUACUGUUCUUGAAACACUCUAUGACUUAUAGUUGCUCCAUAGACAGUUAAUAACUAUGCAGCCACUUGACAUUAUUGAAUGCAAGGCAUAAUACAGUGUAAAGGCCUUAUAUGAAUGAACUGAAUUCAUUUUAGAAAUCUCAUUCAUAUUGUGGCCAAUUAAGUAAAAAUAAAAGGAUUGAUUUUUCUAUUUCUUUCUUUUUUUUCUUUUUUUGACUUUUUUUAGAGUCUCAUAUGUACCACCGCACUCAGUUUAUGUGAUACUGGGGAUCCCAUCCAGGGUUUUGGGCAUGCUAGACAAGCACUCUGCCAACUGUGUUCAUCCCCUGCCCUUUCUUUUCUUAAUGUAAAAAGAUAGCUUUUGAUUUGAAUCAGAAAAGUGAGCAUUACCAAUAGAAUGUUUUACUGUUGAGUUCAGAAAGUAUUCUUCAAGUGCAUAGAAAUGCAGAAUUUAAAAACCUGAGCCAUCUUCUACUUGUACAAAUGUGAAAAAUGGAAAAGUAUCUUUAAAUCCUGCAUAUAUUAUCUUUAGAAUAGACUAAACUUCAUUACUAUCCUAAUAUAGAAUUCUUAAUACCUUGCAUAAUGUAGUCAAUGCAUAUUUAAUAAGUAUUCAUGAACAUGGGAUGAUGUAAGCUUCCACUUACAAUAUAUGUUCAUAAAUGGAACACAGAUGUUCAAUGUGCUUUAUUUUUUUCACUGAUAAAUUAUUAGGUUUCAAUGUAAUUAAUAAAGACAAUAUAGUCAACUUACUUGUGCUAAACACAAAUUUGAUAUAUAAAACAAGGCAUUAGGAAAUUUAUUUCCUAAAAACAAUUUGUAAGAUUAAUCUUGAGUUGUUCCAGUUUUCUAUUAUGAGAUAGUUUACAUUUUCAAAAUAGAAAUUAUUGGGCAUAUUUAUGAGAACUUUCCAGUGUGGGGGGAAGAACCCUAUACAUGAAGCUUAGUGGUAGAGUGCUUACCUAGCAUGUGUUAAGGCCCUGAGUUCUGUUCCCCAAAACCAUGAAGAAAGGAAGAAAAGAAAAAGGAAGGAUUUAAAAUAUAGCCUUUAAGUCCAGCACUCAGGAAGGCAGAGGCAGGCAAAUUUCUGUGAGAUCAAGGCCAACCUGGUCUAUACAGCAAGUUCCAGGCCAGCUGUGGCUACAGGGAGACUCUGUCUCAAACAAAACAAAACAAAAACCCCCAAAAAUAUAUAUAGCCAUAUUAGCUUUUCUAAUAUGGGUAGGCCUACUACCCAUCUCAGUACAUCUUUGGGAUAUGGUAUUCCUAAUGAGGCAUGUUAAAGAAAGAACAGUACCAUAUUUUAUAUGUUCUCUUUGAAAGUCUCAUGUGAUACAUUAUCUCGUCCACAGAAAUUAACAGUAAUGGUUUUAAACUUUGGAAGGAAAAUUGCCCAUGUGAUGCUAGAUAAGGUGUUUUUAUUAUUUCACGUUUCUGAAAUGGUCUGUGCCUUGGUUUUUCACUUCUCCAACUCAAUCUUACUCUUCUAAAUGAAAAAUAGACUUACCAGUUUAGCCAGUAUGCUGUGAUAUUUUAGUCAGUUUUCAAAGGUAAUUGAGGAAACACGAGACCUGUCUAUGAAUAUUGUCACAUGUGAAUGGUAAUUCAUUUCUAAUUACGUCUUAAACUGCUCUAUCUAGUGGGCAAAUGUCACUUAUAUGUCUGUGUGUCAAAAAUAAAAAUCUUUUCUAAAGAA